AAUUUAAUUUGACAAAAAACAAUACUGUUGCCAAUCAAAGUGAAAAACAACUGGGCAAGUAGAUCAGUUCAAGUCGUCAUUGGAUUAUACUUUUCAAUCGCCAAAAAUAGAUAGAGAAUAUUUAGAAGUAAAUAUAUACCGAAUAACGACGACAAGAUACGAACGAUUCAUUAUAACGAUUUAAGUAAACAAUGGGAGUAGGAAGUAGUUUACAAAAUAGUGCGAAGAAUUAUGAACCACCACCUUUACCUCCACCCUUUUACACUGGAGGAUAUUUAUCUGGAACACCUCGAGUAUCUUCUAUUGAAAAAUCUUCACAAGCUGCUCCAGCAGAUGAACCUAGAAUACGUGCAAGUUUAAGGAACGAAGAAUAUUGGCAGCAAAGACCAUCUGUCCCCAGUUUAUCAAAUCUUCGUCAACCUCAAGAAACUCUGUUAACUUACGCUGCACAAAUGACUGGCUGGCAAUCAGAAUAUACUCCAAGUGCACCAUCAGUUCAUCAAGAAGCUAUGGAGCUCACAAGAACCGUAUCUCAUUUAGCGGCAGCAAAUCACCAGCUUGCAUCUGCACAUAAUGCGCUCUUAGCACAGUUGGAAAGGCUGUACAUGGAAUUAAACAGAGAAAGAGAUAAGAAAGCAUCAUUAGCGGAUAUAAGUAACCAAAGUGAAGGUGAUAAUGAUUUAAUUAGACGUAUUGAAGCAAUAGAAAGUAUAAUCCAAGGAGAGUUGCAUAAUUCAACAAAGGCAAAGAAUCGAUCUCCUGAAGAGAAAAUUCAUAAAAGUUUCUCACAAAAACGAGGAAAACAUUUAGAUGAAAAAAAAGAUUUAGAAAAUAGAAAACAAGAAUAUCAAAAAGUACUUGAGAGGAUACAGAUAUUGGAGAAUGAGUUAGAACCUCCUGGGAAAAGUGAUGUAGGAUUCAAUGAACCUGAAACUUCUCAAGAUAAAAAUAGAGUAUUGGAUUUACUUAAAGAAAUAUCACGACUGAAAACUGAUCAGCUGGAGACCCAGGAGGUCAACAAGAAGCUUGCGGGUGAAUUGGAAAAACAGAAAAAAUUAAUGGAAAGAUUGAGGAGGGAUUAUGAGGUAUCAAAAAAUCAUUGUGAAAUAGUUGAAUCACAUUUAAGUGCAAGAGAAGAAGAAUUGGAGCAAUUAAAAAAAGACUUUGACAUAGCAAAGUCCGAGACUUUAAAAGUAACAAAGGAAUUGGAUGCAUUCCAUGAGGAAAAAGACACUACAACAGCAAGGAUUAAAGAUUUAGAACGAGAUUUACAGAAAGCUGAGUUGGCAAGAAAUGAAACUAUUACAUUAGCUGGUGAAGAAAGUUGGAAACUACGAAGUAGACUUCAAGAAGAAAUAAAGAAUAAAAACAAACAAAAUGAGGCUUUUGAAGAAUCCUUGCGAGAGAUACAAAGACUGAAUGAAAUUAUUGAGGGAAUUAAGAAAGAAAGGAAAUGUGAUGAAAGAGUUUCAAGUAAUGCAUCAACUGAUGUUGAUGGAGCACUUGAUCGUCCAGGCUUGGAAGAAUUUAAGAAGGAUCUUAGCAUGAAAAGAGAAGCAAGACAACGAGCAAUAGCUGCAGUAUCUUCGGAAAUGGAUAGACUGAGAAGGGAAUUAGAUGCUGAGAAGGAGGCUCAUUCAGAAACAUCACGAGUUCUAGAUUUAUUAAAAUCCCAGGCUGAGAAUGCAUCAAGAAAAAGUGAAACAUUCUCUGUUGGAACAACCACAAGUAAUAGCGACAAUUGGCGGAUUCAAAGUGAAUGGCAAGAACAAAAUCCUGUUCAUCUUGAUGUACAAAGACUUACAGAUGUGCUGAAGGUUUCGGAUGAGCUACGAGCUUGCAUUAGAGUACAAAUAGAAAAAAUUGAUGAUCUCCGAUAUCAUUUAGAAUGCGAUCCUGAAACAAACGCAAGUCGUAUUGAGAAAUUAAAAGAAAUAGCAAAUACUAAUCGAGAAGUAUUCAGGACUCGUGAACAACAAAUUAAUAGUCUGAAAAAUAUUUUAUCUACGUCUGUAGCUCGAUUAGGUGAUGAUCAAUUUCAUAUGGAUGUUGUUGAAGAUCUUAGAACUGAGCAUAAUUGUCAAUUAGAUGAUAUUAGACAAUUAAAAAAUCUCUAUGAUGAACGAUUAAGAGUUUUGGCAGAAUUGAAAGACACCUGUAAUAAAGAAUUAAUCAAUGUUAAAGACGUAUUAAAGAGCAUUUUAAAAGAGAAGGAGAUAUUGGAUGAGGAUUACGCUAAAGCUGAAGAAAAAAUUGAUCUACAACAAACGGAAAUAGCAAACCUUGAGUCACAGUUAGGAUUAACCAAAGCUGAUUGCCGUGAUCUUCAAAAUCAAAUGUCUCUGAUAAAUGGUUUAUUUUCACAAAUGUUAUUAAGUGCUUCUUCGGCUGAUAUGGAUCUUGAUAGAUUAACUCAAUUGCUACAGGAAAAUCACGACUUAAUAAGUGAAAUGGCCCGCGAAGAAGGAACAGAAGCAGCAGCAUUACCAAAACUACUUUUAGAUCUUGUGGAACAAGUAGAAGGUCGCGAGAAAACUAAAUCUGAUGGAGAUUCUGAGAAGAAAGAAGAAGAUCAACAGGAAGAAAAUAUUGCUAAUAAUCUACCUAAAGUCUGGAGGGUUUUGCUUGAAUUAUUAAGUUGUCAUGCGGCGCAAGGAUCAACAUCAACCUCUUCGAAUUUAUUAUCCACUGAUCCUAAUGUCUGUUAUAAAUCAGUUGAUACUCCAGCUGGACCUAGACUUGUAAUAUCUGUUAGUAAGACUUAUAUACGUUUAAAGGAAUUAAUUCUUGAGAAGAAACAUCUUGAGAAGGAAAUGGGCAGAUUAAAGCAAUUAAAUUCACAUUUGGAAAGUAAAUUAGGUGAGCAGGAAAAACGAUUGUCAACUAUAUCAGAUGAAUUAAGUAAAACUUGGAGUAUUGUUGGAAGAAUGCAAGCUCAGCAUCAACAGCUUCAUACACAUGAGAAAAUAUUGAGGUAUGAGCUUCAACAGAAACGUAUUAUGCUACAAGAAUUGAAACAAGAGCUAGAAUAUUGUAGAGAAAAGUGGGAAUCUGCAAGACAAAAGAAUACUAAUACGGAAAUGGAAUGGAGAAAUUUAAGAAGAGAGUUUGCUGCUAGAAAAAUGUUAGCGGUUGAUGAUUCUUUCAAUAACAGUGCUGAAAGUGGAUUCAGUGAUGAGAGAGGUGAUGACACGGAUGAAGAUGAUAUUCCUAAUGAAGAAAGACUUAGAAUUGGCCCACGUCGAAGGACCAGAAAAGAAAGUCCAAGGACACCUACACCAGAUACUGAGUCCGACCAUCCAACAGACAAUGAAUCAUCAGAAUCAAAAGCAGUAUCAACUACUUCGGACGCAUCAUCAUCUGAACAAAGAACUUCCACUCCAGAUAUAACUCAUAAUGCUCAAUUAAUUGUCAUAGAAGAAGAUAUUCCUGAGCAAAGAGUUGAAGACUUUGAUCCAUUAGAUCGAGCAUUAGCAAAUGUAAUACAAAAUUUAAUUGAUGCUGAUGGUACGAAUGGCAAUCGAAAUGAAAGAACAUCUUUAAAUUCGGAUGUUGAAGAACCGUUAGAUAAUUCUCAAGGAGAAAAUAAUUUAUUUAAAAUAGAACCGUUAGGAGCUAAUAAUACCGUUUCCGUUUUUUCAAUUGGUCCUUUCCCUACUAUACCUUCAACGACUACGUUAAAUAAUGAGUCAGAUAAUCAUGCAGAAAAGAGCGAAGAAACGGCUAAUAUAAGAAUCCCUACCAUUGUAGUGAACGAAGAAACAAAAUCAAAUGAGAUAGAAAAUACCAAAAGUUCUACUGAAGCAAUGACUGAUAUUAACACAGUAUUAAAAGAGAAUAAAGAAGAAGCACGAACGGAAAAAGCCAGUGAAUUGCCGUCAACAUCAACAUCUAAUUCAUCAAAACCAAGCAGAAGUCCAGAAGAAGUUCUUGCUGCACGAGCAGCACGAUUGAAACGUCUUGAAGAGCAGGCAGAUUGGUUAAUGAAAAAAAUGAAUGCAACAAGUCAACGUGGAUCUGCACUUAGUACAAGGUUGGAAGAACUUCAUGAAGUUUAUGGAGAACCUCCAGCUCCACCACCUUUACCUGAUGUUUUACCCUCUGUAAGACUGCCUACAGAUUUAAAUACAAUUCAGGAAGGAGAAACAUCGCAAAAAGAUUCAGAAAAAAAAUUGUAAAUGAAAUGAUGUCUGUGAAGAAUAUGAUAAACAAUUAAAUGUGUGAUUUAUACUGAGUGUUUUUCAUAAAAGAUCAUAAUUGUAAAAAUAUUUUAUUGAAAUAAAAAAUAAUGUCAAACAACAAAA